AUGGCCAGUGGUAAAAGUGUUGAAGCACUCAAAGGCACUUGGGAUCAUGUUAACGAUGAAAAUAUGGAUGAGUUCAUGAAAGAGAUUGGUGUCGGAACAGCUAUGCGUAUGAUGGCCAAAGGUAUUAAACCUCGCAUCGUUAUCAGUGAAGAUCGUGGCAAGUGGAUGUUGCGAUCAGAGAACACACUCAAAAAGAUAUCACUUGAGUUUACGCCCAAUGUUGAAUUUGAUGAAACAACACCUGAUGGGCGUGAAGUCAAGACAAUCGUUCGAUUUAAAGACGGUGCAUGGGAACAUACAACGCGUGACAAGCAUGGAAAAGAAUGGAUUGCAACUCGUUAUGUAAAUGAUGAAGGUCAACAACAGAUUGAUAUGAAAUGUGGUUCAGUGACAGCUCAUCGUUGGUUCAAACGUGUCGACUAG